CAAACAAAAACAAUGUAAAACAACAACAACCUCAAACUACACAGCGAAUCGAGCAAUAUUAUCAAUAAUAAAAAUGAAUUAAAAAUUGUUAAAAUUGUUACAAUUCAAAUUAAAUCAAAGCUAGUAGCCUGCCAAUAGCAACAAAAAAUUAACAACAACAAAAACACCACAACUAAUGCGGUGCCCAAGAAACAUCGCCAACUUUAGCAUCUCACAAAAACUAAAGUUAGCAUCUCCUCAAGGAGCAGGAGAUCAGGUGGGAAAGGGAAAAGGAUACUCUGCUUUCCCAUCAACAAAUCCUUGGACUAACAAACGACGCCCAUCGAGGGCGAGCUGGACUCCGCUCCAUGAAACAACCGACAACUGCAGCAACAGCAGCGAUUGGAACCCGAUAUGGAUAUGCAUAUGAAAAAACUUCCUAAGCCACGGUACUACAACUUUAUUUUUUACACUCAAAUAAACAAACCCAACACUCUCACACAACUCUACAGCGCAGAAAACACAAAACACUCUUCUAGAGACAUACUCAAGCAAUAAAAGACUCUAAACAGGCGUAAAAGUACAUAUUAAUACUAAACAUAGCAACCCGAAGCAAACAAACAAAUCAAAUUUAAAGCAUUUACGAGAUAAGUCUGCAAAAAGAAAGCGGAAGUAAAACCAAUUAGAAGAGGAAACACGGAUGAGAGGCGCAACAACGAUAUACAGUAAUCUAGUGCUUGUCAAACUGCAGAGCCUUAUUAAAACUAACUCCAACAUCAAAAUGUUGCAAAUGCCAAAACAAAAACAAACUAGGAGAGGCAACAGCAACAAAAACAACAGCAGCAUCAACAACAGCAAUAACAACAACAACAACAGCAACAAUAAAGCGCCGUUUCAACGUCGCAAAAUUACAACGAUAACAUAAGCAAUCCGAGCGAGAUAGAGUUUAGAGAGCGAGCGAAAAGUGUGGAGAAGAGAAGAAAGUUCAGUUGAAAAACCAAAACGUUCUCUCCUUUCCCCCUACUCCACCCCUCCGCCUUAUCCUCCUCCCACUCUUCCCUCUCCACCACUUCCACCUUGUUUCGUUUUUUGUAACUGUGUGCGUGCGUGUUUGUCUGCCUGCCUGCCUCUGUCUGUGUGCCCUCUCAACUGAGGAUAAUUGAAUUAUUUUAUUUGUACUAAGCGCGCGUUAUGGCACAGCAGCAGCAGCAGCAGCUACACCACAGCAGCAGCGGCGACAACAACAACAGCAUUCUCCUCCUUCAGCAGCCGCAACAUCACCAACAACAACAACAGCAGCAACAACAACAAGACCAACUGCAGCAGUACAAUAACAAUUUGUACAGUCAAAAUUAUAACAUGGAGGAGUACGAGCGUCGGAGAAGACGGGAGCGGGAGAAGAUCGAGCGUCAGCAGGGCAUCCAAAUCGAUGAUCGGGAGGUUAGUCUCUUCGGUGAGCCGCGCCGGCUGACGGAGGGCGAUGCGGAGAUCACCGCCGCGCUGGGCGAGUUCGGUGACGCUCGGGUGUAUAUUAACCAGUCGACGGUGGGUAUCAGUCGGCAUCCGCCUGGCGCCGGCAAUCCGCGCCUGCAGGCGCCGCUGUCGAUGCCGCAAGCCAAGUCCCUGGGCCACUCUCCCUCCUCCGCCGCCGCCCUUGGGUCCGCAGCUCCUCUUGGUUCCGCAUCCGCCUCUGCCUCAGCGUCCGCGAACUCCUCGUUGCACGGCCAGCAGCAGCAGCAGCAGCCACACUACCAGCAACAGCAGCGACCGCCAACGUAUCUGAAGCAGGCGGACAACAAGCCGCCGUACAAUGGACGCGGCGGCUAUCCUGGCCAGCCCAUGAAAAACGACAUUCCGUCGAGUAGUGGCAUGGCCCCGCCCCGCGGUCCGCCGAGAUCUAGUUCCGGUACCAGCAACAGCAACUCGUCCAGCGCCACAAACAACGCCAGCAGCGGCGGAGCCACGGGCAGCACGCCCGCGACCCUGGGACCGCCGCUUUCCACCCAAAUGCCUAACGGCCGGGAGAAGUCCUUUCUUGGCCCACCGGCUCCGGCGCUGCUUAACGGCACUAGCGGUCGGUUUGUGCCGCCGGCGGCCAGCAAGCGGCCUAGCAGCGGAGCCGGACUGCAGCAGUUGCCGCCGCCGCAGGAAAAGGACAUUAGUAAAAUGAUAAGCGAGAUGACCAACAACUUCCGGGUGACGACGCCGCUGACCUCGAUUGCGGCCACGCCGCACGCGCCCACGCGCGAGAACUACAACCUGAAGGGGCCCAACAAGAACAAGUAUGCCAUCGAUAUGAUCGGCUCCCCGCCAUCCGCCCAGCCCUCGUCGUUGAUGACGCCACUCUUCCCGCCAAUUGCACCCAUUGCCUCGCCCAUUGCCCCGCUGCUGACGACACCGCCACAGGCCAGCCAGUUGCCCCUGGACAUUAUGGCCACCUCCGCUGGGACGAUGGCGGGGGUAAUGCCCCUCAUGCAACUGCCACCCACUCCGCCCAAGGCCGCGUCCGUUGACAAUUCUCCGCCAGCGGCCAAGCCGCUCAAAUCGGAGAAAAAUCAUUCGCUGGAGAAGCAAGACUCUUGCCUUGAAAACGAUCUUGAGCUUUCCGAGUCUGAUGAUGACCGCAAAAAGGAGAGCCGAUCGGCGGGCAACAGCAGCAAUAGCUCCGAGUCGGACUCCAGCGAGUCGGGCAGUGAGUCGAGCAUCAAGAACGAAGUGCACCACCAUCCCAACCAUCACCAGCAACAGCAUCCGCAGCCAACCCUCCAGCAGCAGCAGCAGCAGCAACAGCUCCUCCAUCGUGCACAGCAGCCACUGACGACGUCUAAUGGAAGCCAGAACAAGAACAAGUACAGGCAUGAGAUCAUAGCCAGGGGCAGCAACACAAUCAGCGGGUUGCUCAAUUCCAGCGGAUUCGGGAGUGCCGGCACUGGGGGCUCUGGUGUAAACUCCACAGGCGGAGCUGGGGGAGGCGGCGGAGGCGGUGGUGGCGGCAGCGGCAACGCAUCGGCUGCCGGCACCCUGAGUAGCAGCGGUGGCAGCUCCUCGAACAAGACGCCCUCGCCAACGGAGAGCAACAAGUGGACGCUGAGCCGAUUCUUCCACAAGCCCGCCAACCAAACGAACUCAUCGGAGAACGUUUCGCCUGGCAAUGUGAGCAUGAAGGUGCCGGGCAUUCUGCCUGGCGGCGCCCAGAUCAUACCCGAAUCCAUUGAGGUGACCACGGCGAUUGUGAAGAACGAAAAGAUGCUGGUGGACGACCCCAUGAACAUGGAGGAGGGCGAGGAGGAGGACGACGACGACGAGGAGCAGCAGCAGCAGCAGCUGCGCUAUGGAGCUGGUCUCAGUGUCACUCCAGUGGCGCUGAAGGUGAAGAAGGAGGCAAUCGACGGGAUGGCAAUGGACGCAGAGCUUGCCCUGGGGGCGGCGAUACCAAAAAACCAAAUCAAGCGUGAGUCCGCGGAGUCCGCUUUAAUCAAUCCCCGGCUAUCGGAUUCCGGAACCAGUGGCAGCGGAAGCGGCUCCUCGAGCAGCAGCAGCAGCAGCUCGGACAGUGCGCCCGGCGGCUCUGAGGUGGUGCCUAUGCCGGGUCCCGGCGAAACGCUUCAGUUGCCCGGAGUACCGGCCGCCAUCACAACGGUGAUGCGAGUGCCGCCGCCGACGCAGAAGGUUCCGCCCAGCAGCAACAACAGUGUCACUCUGACGCCCAUUCUGCCGCUGCCAACAUCACCCAAGCAGCGCCUGAAGAAACCGCGACGGAAGAAGCCGGCGACGAGUGCUGCCUCCAUCCUGGAAUCCAGCGACGACGACGAGCCGACAGCCAAGCAUCCCAGCAUCCUGGAAAACUCAUCGCAAUCGCAGGCCAUGGCGGCUGGGCCAGUGAAGAAGGGUCGUGGCCGACCACGAAAGCAGCAGCAGCAGCAGAGCGGAGGUAGCGGCAAUCUAAGUAGCGCUUCGGCUGGCAGUAGCUCCCAGACCAAAGGACCAACGCUGACUGCCGCCAAGAAGCCGCUGGCCAAGGGCGGUCCCCUGGCCAUUGGCGGUGUGCAGCGAAAACGCGACCAUUCCAGCCAGAGCAGCUCCAAUGGCAACACGCCCACCAAAAGGCUGGCCACGCCGCACCUGGUGGCAUCCACCGCCUCCCUGCCACAACCCGGAGCUGACGGCAGCACCAGCAGCUCCGACGAAGACAGCUCAUCGAGUGCAGGCACCAGUUCCAAGUCGAGCAGCUCCUCGAGCAGCAGCGACGACACAGAGACGCAGAACACCAACUGUCGAAUCGUCAAACUGAACAAGACGAGCGCCGGUGUGGCGCCCAAGGCGCUGCUGGGCGGCAGUGGAAGUAGUUCGCCGAGCAGUAGCGGCAGCGAGGUGGAGGAUCAUGCCAGGAUCAGACAGCAGGCCCCGGGAAAUGGGCCGGCGUUAGGACAACAGCAGCCACUGCCGUUGUACAAGCCUCAGGUGAUGAUGAGUCAGCACAGCCAGCAGCUGAGCAGCUCCGAGUGUUCCUCCUCCAGUGGCGGAGGCGGCGGCGGUGGCGCCAGUAGCAGCAGCAGUGGUGAGGAGGACGAAGCGCGCCGGGAGAAGGAGCGCGAGCGGAAGCCCAAGAGUGACAAAAACAAGAUCAACACGCUGACAAGGAUAUUCAAUCCGAAGGAGGGCGGCGCCAAGAAGCAGGGCCAAGUGGUGAUCGUGGACCUGCAGGAGGAGCAGCAGCAGGGUAAGCUUGAUCCGCUGGCUCCGCCUGCCGGCACAGUGCCACUGGCCAAGCUCCGCAUGACGCCCACCCAGCAGCAGCUGGGAGCGGCUCUGGCCUCGCCAGCGAGGACAACGACUCCACACCUCACAUCACUGAUCUGCAAGAUCGAUCUGAGCAAGCUGUCACGGGAGCGCGUCAUGCGGCUCAAGAAGCUAACGCCUGCCCAGCAAAACGGCCACCUUACGCCAAAGGAUCAGGCCCAAGUGAUGGCAGGACAGGUACCCAACGGCUAUGCCGGCGAUUCGACGCAUCCGAAUUCCACGCCCAAGGUCAAGCACGAGCAUCCGGUGAAGCCGGAUCCUGACCUUGACUCCGGAUACGAGCCAAAGUUUAAGCCCAGUAGCGUCAAGCAGGAGUUCCAGUUGAAGCAGGAGCGCGACCGCGACAGGGAGCGCGAAAGGGAACGUGAACGAGAACGCGAACGGGAGCGGGAACGUGAACGGGAGCAACCUCCAGGGAGACGGCGCAAGCGCAGCUCCAGUUCCAGCUCCAGUCCAUACAAGGAGAAGAAGCGGAAAAAGGAGAAGGGAGCCGAUCAGCUGCAGAUCGGCAAGGAGCUGCUGCCUGUGCCCGUGCUCCUGCCCUCCAACAAUCACGAGCGAAUGCUGCCCAACCACGAUCGCCUCUCCUACGACAAGCUACAGCUCCUUCACGAGGACGCUGCGGCGGCCGCUGCUGCAGCCGCUGUUACAGCUGGUGUUGUGUCCGCCACCGCCAAUGGCAGUCCCAGUAAGAAGCUGCUGGCCAUGUCUCCGCUACCGCCCCCGCCAACUACAGCCACCGUUGCCUCUACGGCGAUGCCCACCACAUGCAACGAGGCCGUACAGACGACUCCGUCGUUGGCAACGUCCACAGCGACAACGGCCUCCACAAUGACAAUUGCAGCACCAAUGGCAGCCGUUGCUCCAACGCCCGUCACGACGAGGCUGAUCUAUCGUUCAUACUUUGAUCGCGAGGAGGAGCAUCCCAGUGAUGACCUCAGAAAAAACAAUCAGUUCCUGCAGGAGGCCAUCAGUCGGAAACAUGCCGCCGACACGGAGCGCGAUUCCUUCAACCAGGUAACCCUAUAUCUGGAGGCCGUUGUGUACUUCCUGCUAACUGCCGACGCCAUGGAGCGCUGCAGCUCCGAGGCGGCCACCUACACCAUGUACAAGGAUACGCUGUCGCUAAUCAAAUUUAUCUCCUCCAAGUUUCGUCCGUAUCAACAGUCAACGAACGGUCAGCACGAAACGCACAACAAAGUGGCCAUACUCAGCUUGCGUUGCCAAUCGCUGAUAUCCCUGAAACUGUACAAGCUGCGGCGGGCGAAUUGCCGUCUGGUCAUUGCCAGACUCACGGAUUUCUUUCGCACUGGCCCGGGUGACAUUGUCAACGGCAAUACGCCGUCCUCCAUAUCACCAUCGAACUCGGUGGGCUCACAGGGCUCCGGUUCGAAUACGCCGCCAGGCAGGAUAGUGCCUCAGGAUAUACACACGCAGCUGUGCAAGCAAAACGAGUAUCUCUGUUAUGUCAACAGUGCUCACGAGUUGUGGGAUCAAGCCGAUCGAUUGGUGCGCACAGGCAGUCAUAUAGAUUUUUUCCGCGAAUUGGAUCACGAGAAUGGCCCGCUAACGCUGCAUAGCACCAUGCAUGAGGUGUUCCGGUAUGUCCAAGCGGGCCUUAAGACGCUCAGGGAUGCCGUGUCGCAUCCGACGCACCAGUAGCGACAGCGGAAUCGAAGACGGAGGCGACGGAAACACCACCAAACGUGUCUAAACAACAGUCAGGCCAAAUUAGCAACUAUUAUUAUAUACUACAAGAUACUAAUUUAGUUAGUCAACAAACGAAACAAAGCAAAUCGAAACCAACAAGCAACCUUCCAACAAAAAGAAAAGAGAAGAGAAAGGGAACCCUACAUCAGCAUGCAGAAGCAGAAACACAACAAGAAAUGAUUUUGUUACUAAUUUAUAUUUCGUAUAUGUAAUUUGUAUUUUUGAAUAAUGCACACCAAUUACUUAUUACUUAUUUUCCUUAUGCUCAAUUUUCAAUUGUUUUUAAAGAAUGGUAAGCUUUAUAUUUAUGCCUAGUUUUAAUUGAUAUUACCUACAAAUACACGCGGAAAACACACACAUUACAAGUUAUAUUAGCUGUAUGUCCUAGACUGUAAGCCAAAAAAAGGAAAGUCCAGCCGUCAAGUAGCCCCCUUUACUUGUCUCUUCACAUUUUUAGUUGAAUUUUGUUUUUGUAUGCGUGACAAGUACUGCACAGGAGAUGGAUGGAUGGCUCUUUAAAUUGUUUAAGUUUUAGUUAAUUUUCGCUCUUCAGCCUUGUUAGCAAAUAUAUAUACAUAUAUAUUAACGCGUAUGUAUAAAGAAAAAGUUAUAGUUGUAAAUUCUUUGUAAUUAUUUCAUUACGAAACAUUUUUAUUAUUUUUAAAUUAGUUUUUAUUAAAAAGCAAUCACACACAACACACGUUUUUAGAACAAAAUACACAUGAAUGAAACACACACGAUAUGCAUAUAUUAAUAUAUAUUUCAAAUAUAUACACGUAUAUGGAAAUUUGAA